AUGUCUGAUGAUGAAGAUGUAAUCUUAGUGAAGAAGCCUAAGCAAGUCCAUUAUGGGUCCUUGGAGGAGCAGGAGAAGGCCCGGCUGGCGGCCCUGGCAGCUGCCGCCAAGGAAGGCGCCGAAGAUAUGGGCGGGAAAGAGCUAGGAGACAUUCAAAUCUCCAGCGAAUACAUGGAGCUGGAAGAGGAGAUGUCUCGUGACAAGAAGGCGUUACUCGAGGAGUUCGAGAGGAGACGCAAGGCCAGGCAGCUGAAUGUCUCCACUGAUGAUGAUGAGGUACGUAGGAGUCUCCGGCAGCUGGGGGAGCCGGUUUGUCUAUUCGGCGAGGGCCCGGCUGAGAGAAGAGUGCGUCUGCGCGAUUUACUGAGCUACCUAGGAGAAGACGCAAUCCACAAGAAGUUAGAAGAAGAAGAAGCCAGGAUCGAGAGGGACCGCGGCAGGGAGGGUACGUGGUACCACGAGGGACCGCCCGAGCUGAGGGAAGCUAGGUUGUGGAUCGCUCGGUACUCAUUGCCGAAAGCUAAGCUUAGGUUAAGUAAAGCCCGUGAGGAGUUAAAACUAGCGGGAAGCGUUCGCGCGGCCGCUAAACAGGAGUCACAGCGCAAGGCGUCAGCCAUGUCUAUCUACUGCAGUCAGAUCGGUGAUACUCGGCCGAUAAGUUUCUGCAGAUUUAGUAGUGAUAGCAAAAUGCUUAUCACGGCUAGUUGGUCAGGUUUAGCUAAAGUAUGGUCGGUCCCCGAGUGCAAAGAGUUGCAGGUACUGAAGGGACACACUUGUAACGUGAGCGGAGCUGAUUUCCAUCCUAGAGCUAUCAUGCCACAUCAUUUUCAGGAUAAGGUAACUAAGCAAAAAGAAGAAAACGAAACAGAACAACCAAUGGAGACGUCAGAAGGGACAGAAAACCCUUUAGAACAGUCAGAACAGCCAUCAGAACAGUCAGAACCGACGUCAGAACUUUUUGAACCGUCAGACGAAACGUCAGACGCGUGCACUAUGGCUACUUGUGCUUACGAUGGGACUGUACAUUUGUGGAAUUUUAACAGCGAGUCUCCCCUAGCCUCUCUCUCAGGGCACAGUCCGGCCCGAGUCUGCCGGGUCCACUUCCACCCCUCAGGGCGGUUCCUCGCCACCACCGUCUUCGACCACUCCUGGCGUCUGUGGGACUUGCACACCGCGACAGAGGUACUGCAUCAGGAGGGUCACGCGAAGGCGGUGUACUGCGUUGCCUUCCAGGGAGACGGCUCGCUGGCUGUUACCGGUGGCAUGGACGCGUUUGGUCGCGUGUGGGACCUGCGCACGGGGCGCUGCGUCAUGUUCCUGGAGGGACACCUGGGCCCCGUGCUGGGCGCCGACUGGGCCCCCGCCGGACACCAGCUCGCCACCGCUGCUGCUGAUCAUCAGGUAGCUAUAGUCUGCGUCAUGUUCCUGGAGGGACACCUGGGCCCCGUGCUGGGCGCCGACUGGCCCCCGCCGGACACCAGCUCGCCACCGCUGCUGCUGAUCAUCAGCUGCGUCAUGUUCCUGGAGGGACACCUGGGCCCCGUGCUGGGCGCCGACUGGCCCCCGCCGGACACCAGCUCGCCACCGCUGCUGCUGAUCAUCAGGUAG